UGAGAGGCAGCGGGAGGAGGAGGAGGAGGACCAGAGCCCGCCGGGGAGCCAGCCGCUCUGGAUACGUGUCCAGCAGACAAACACAGUGCCCCACGGUAGCAGGACUGUUCCCCAGAGUCAACGCAGAGGAUGAGUGGACCCUCUCAGAACAACAAGUCAAGCAACACGGGAAGUAACCUGAUUGCAGGUGGACACAAAGAGAUGGGUGGGGGUGGGAGUAACUUCAUAGCUGGAGUCUUCAUCCAGGCCAUGAAUAAGAAGAUGAGUAUCUAUGAUGCCAUGAUGAGGGGGCUCCUGACACCUGGUACGGCCCUGGUGCUGCUGGAGGCACAGGCUGCUUCAGGGUUCCUCACCGACCCCGUGAGGAACGAGAAAUUAUCGGUGAAAGAGGCACUGACUGCAGGACUCAUUGGCAGAGAUUUUUAUGAGAAGCUGCUGUCAGCAGAGGGAGCUGUGACAGGGUACACGGAACCCUGCACAGGACACAAGAUCUCCCUCUUCCAGGCCAUGAAGAAGGAGUUCAUCGUCAAGGAGCACGCUAUCCGCCUGCUCGAAGCCCAGAUCGCCACCGGCGGCAUCAUCGACCCCGUGCACAGCCACCGCCUGCCCGUGGAGGUGGCCUGCCAGCGUGGCUUCUUUGACCAGGAGAUGUGCCAGUUUCUUUCUAACCCCGAGAAUCAAAUAAGAAGUUGCUUCGACCCCAACACGCACGAGAACCUCACCUACCUGCAGCUCCUGCGCCGCUGCGUGCCCGACCCGGACACGGGGCUGCUCAUGCUCCAGCUGAUGGACAAGGGCUCCGUGCUCUACCAGCUCACCGAGGACGCCCGGAAAGCCCUGCAGGCCGCCCGCACCACCCUCAGCGUGGGGCUCUUCCAGGGCCAGAGCGUCACCCUCUGGGAGCUCCUCUUCUCCCGCUACGUGCCCGACCACCGGAGAGAGGAGCUGCUGAAGAAAUACAAGGCGGGGAUGGUGACCAUCCCGGAGGUGAUCACCAUCCUCACCGCCAUCAUCACCAGCGCAGAAAUGGGAAAUGGAGAUCUGAGCUCAUCCACGGUAAUAGCCAACAAUGGGGUGGGAGCAUCACAACCAGUUCAGGAUACGCAUUCCCAGGAGCAGCAGUUGAGAAAGUCCUUGAAGUCUGCAACCAUCUAUGUCUCUACUGGUGAGCUCCAGGGCCAAAAUAUUUCCUUGUUGGAUCUGCUCUUUUCCAAAUACGUCCCUCAAGGGAAGCGGCAGGAGCUGCUGGAGCUCUACAGAGCAGGGAUACUGACCACAGAACAGGUGGCUACUGUGGUCACCACCAUCAUAAACAGAACAGAAGCUGCAAAUGCCAUGCCCAUGGCAAAUGCCAGAAGUCCACACAAGGCGGUGACAAGGGCAGAUGGAAAUGGAGAUGAUUUUUCAACACAAGAUGCACAACUAGAUAACAUCUUGAAGGCUACCACCAUUGAAGUCCCAGCUGGUGAGCUUCAAGGGAGGCAGGUCUCUGUGUGGGACCUGCUCUUCUCCGACUACAUCCCUGAGGAGAAAAGGCAGGAGCUCCUGGAGCUGUACCGUGAAAGGGUAUUAACUCUGGAGCAGAUGAUAACUGUUGUCACCACUCUCAUUAAGAAAAAAGAGUCUACAAGCAGAAAAUUCCUAAUUGCGGUCAAGGCUUCUGACAAGGACACUGUGUCAGCAGCAGGAGAGAAGGAUGAUGAUGUGCCCAAAGAAGAGCCAUGGGAAACAGCCUUGAAAACCACAGUCGUCGACAUGGAGGUCGGGGAGUUUCAGGGCCACCAGGUCUCUGUGUGGGAUCUGCUCCACUCCAAGUACAUCCCUGAGGAGAACAGAGAGGAGCUGCUGGAGCUGUACCAGGCAGGAGAGUUAACCCUGGAGCAGGUGAAAACUGUUGUCAGCACGAUUGUAAGCAAGGCAGAAGCAGCAAGAGCAGAGCAGAUGGCAAACGGGAGUCCUCCAAGAGCAGAGUCGACUGUCGCAGAAGCCCAGCACACCCACUUGCAGGAGGACAAGACCUGGGAAGAGGCUCUGAAGUCCACCACAGUCGAGGUGGCAGUGGACGAGUUCCAGGGGAGGCAGGUCUCUGUGUGGGACCUGCUCUUCUCCGAGUACAUCCCUGAGGAGAAAAGGCAGGAGCUCCUGGGGCUAUACUGCGCAGGGACAUUGGCCUUGGAGCGGUUAAUAAUUGUUGUCACCACUCUCAUUAAGAAAAAAGAGUCUACAAGCAGAAAAUUCCUAGUUGCAGUCAAGGCUUCUGACAAGGACACUGUGUCAGCAGCAGGAGAGAAGGAUGAUGAUGUGCCCAAAGAAGAGCCAUGGGAAGCAGCCUUGAAAACCACAGUCGUCGACAUGGAGGUCGGGGAGUUUCAGGGCCACCAGGUCUCUGUGUGGGAUCUGCUCCACUCCAAGUACAUCCCUGAGGAGAACAGAGAGGAGCUGCUGGAGCUGUACCAGGCAGGAGAGUUAACCCUUGAGCAGGUGAAAACUGUUGUCAGCACGAUUGUAAGCAAGGCAGAAGCAGCAAGAGCAGAGCAGAUGGCAAACGGGAGUCCUCCAAGAGCAGAGUCGACCGUCGCAGAAGCCCAGCACACCCACUUGCAGGAGGACAAGACCUGGGAAGAGGCUCUGAAGUCCACCACAGUCGAGGUGGCAGUGGACGAGUUCCAGGGGAGGCAGGUCUCUGUGUGGGACCUGCUCUUCUCCGAGUACAUCCCUGAGGAGAAAAGGCAGGAGCUCCUGGGGCUAUACUGCGCAGGGACAUUGGCCUUGGAGCGGUUAAUAAUUGUUGUCACCACUCUCAUUAAGAAAAAAGAGUCUACAAGCAGAAAAUUCCUACUUGCAGUCAAGGCUUCUGACAAGGACACUGUGUCAGCAGCAGGAGAGAAGGAUGAUGAUGUGCCCAAAGAAGAGCCAUGGGAAACAGCCUUGAAAACCACAGUCGUCGACAUGGAGGUCGGGGAGUUUCAGGGCCACCAGGUCUCUGUGUGGGAUCUGCUCCACUCCAAGUACAUCCCUGAGGAGAACAGAGAGGAGCUGCUGGAGCUGUACCAGGCAGGAGAGUUAACCCUCGAGCAGGUGAAAACUGUUGUCAGCACGAUUGUAAGCAAGGCAGAAGCAGCAAGAGCAGAGCAGAUGGCAAACGGGAGUCCUCCAAGAGCAGAGUCGACCGUCGCAGAAGCCCAGCACACCCACUUGCAGGAGGACAAGACCUGGGAAGAGGCUCUGAAGUCCACCACAGUCGAGGUGGCAGUGGACGAGUUCCAGGGGAGGCAGGUCUCUGUGUGGGACCUGCUCUUCUCCGAGUACAUCCCUGAGGAGAAAAGGCAGGAGCUCCUGGGGCUGUACCGUGCAGGGACACUCACCAUUCAGGAACUGGUCAACACCACCAGCAGCGUUGCCACAGACGGCAAGGAAAGGCAUCUCCAAAUGCUUCCCCAGCAGACAGUGGAUCUCCUCCAGUCUGAGGGCUCCUACAUUACUUUUGGCCAGUUCCAGGAGCAGAGGGUGUCAGUGUGGGAGCUCCUCUCCACCAAGCAAGUCUCUGAGUACAAACGAGAGGCACAUCUCGACAGUUACGGCACAGGAGGGCUGACCGUGAACAAGAUCACCAUCACCACCACCGUCAUUACAGGCCCACAGCGUAAGAAGAGACACCACCAGGACCAUUAA